UCUUGGAUCCCAGAUGGAAAUAACAGCGGAAAUCCUGCUGCUGCAUGAUCCUCUCCUCCCCCAUCUUCUUGCGAUCGAGUCCUGGCUGUCCAUCAUUGGCAUUGCCACCUGAACGUUGAGCAGGAGAAUGGGAAUCCCCAGGUGGCCUGCGAUCGAGGUCAAACGCUCCAUGUGUCGGAGCCAUGUCCGAAGCUUCUUCUCCGUGUGUGUGUGUGUGUGUGUUUGUGUGUGUGUGUGUGUGUGUGUGUGUGUGUGUGUGUGUCCACCAGUGUCAGCUAUAUAUGCGCAGUUCUCACAUCGCGAGCUGCAGUUCCAGCACGAUCCGUGCAUCAGUGACCAGUCCCCAGUCUCGCCAACUCGCCGCUCCUUCUGCACCACCACUUGCUAGCUCCACAGAUCUUGCCGUCGUCUUCUUCGAUCCAGUGCAGUACGUUGAGCUCGCAACAGCAGCUUCGCCUCUCGAUCGACUCCGACUACUUAGCAUGGCGCGUUGCGGCGUCGACGUGACGCUGCUCUUGGUGGCUCUCUGUACCCUGAUGCCGGCAGUCACCGUUGCCGAUCUCCAGGAAGGCUUCUACAAGAGCAGCACCAACUGCAGCGUCGACGUCGAGGCCACCGUGACGAGCGUCGUCCAGCAGUACGUCUCCGCGGACCGCGGCGUCGGCGCGGGGCUCAUCCGCCUCCACUUCCACGACUGCUUCGUCAAGGGCUGCGAUGCUUCGGUGCUCAUCGAUCCGAGCCCCGUCCACCCGGACCCCGAGAAGGGGUCGCCGUCGAACGGCGGCCUCCGCGGGCUCGAGGUGAUCCACGACGCCAAGCGGCGGCUCGAGGGCGCGUGCCCGGGGACCGUGUCCUGCGCCGACAUCCUCGCCUUCGCCGCGCGCGACGCGGCCAACGUCCUGAGCGCCGGGGCGAUCAACUACGGCGUCCCCGCCGGCCGCCGGGACGGGCUCGCCUCCGCGGCGCCCGACGCCACCGGGAGACUGCCCCCGCCGUUCGCGCGGCUCGACCGCCUCACGGAGCUCUUCGCCGCCAAGGGGUUCUCGCAGGACGAGCUGGUCACGCUCUCCGGCGCGCACUCCGUCGGCCGCGCCCACUGCGGGUCCUUCGCGCAGCGGAUCCGCCCCAACGUCAGCGAGACCAUGGACGCGGAGUACGGCGCCGGGCUGCAGCGGCGGUGCCCGGCGGACGGCGGGGGCGACGGCGCGGCGGCGGUCGACCAGGACCAGGCCACGCCGGGCGACCUCGACAACCGGUACUACGGGAACGUGCUCGCCGGGAAGGUGCUCUUCGACUCGGACUGGGCGCUGAUCAGCGACGGCACGACGCGGCGGAUGGUGGAGGACAACGCCGCGGACCAGGCGCGGUGGGCGGCCAAGUUCAUCGACGCCAUGCGCAAGAUGGGCGCCCUGGACGUGCUCACCGGCGACCAGGGAGAGAUCAGGAGGCUCUGCAACGUCACCAACAGCGGCUGACUGAGCGCGUCGUCACCGACGGAACAGUGUAACUAAAAUGGAGACGUCACCUACGUACAUAAGGGUAGUUGCUAUUGCAUUUUUUGGAGUCUGUUGCUCUCCGGUCACAAGAAAGAAGUGUAUGUAACACUCCAUCCCAUCAUACAGACUACAGAGUAUGUUUUUUCCUUUGUUACGUACAGACGUACAGUCAAACUAUAUAAAAAUCGACCGUAUUUUCUUUAUUUAUA